AUGUCAGGCCUUGAACCCUUCACAUUUAAGCUUGCUAAGGAUAGGGGGCACCUGUACGAACCAGUUGCACGAGCCUGGUAUGAAAGCAUUUCUGGUCACAAGGUUAGAAAAUCUGGGAUUGUUGUUAGUUUAACGGAGCCAUAUAUUGCCGCCAGCCCAGACGGUAUUAUAGAUAAAAGAACAAUUGUUGAAAUAAAAUGUCCAAUACGCCCGCUAGUAGACCUCAUAUCAUUAGGAAAAUAUGAUGUUCUACUCGAAGAUGGUCAGCCGAAAUUGAGCCCCAAGGGAAAAAAUGGCUAUUAUUGCCAAGUACAAGUUGCAAUGUUCUGCACUGAGUCAACUUUGUGCAAGUUUGUUGUGUGGACAGCUGAAAAGCAGUGUGUUGUGGAUGUUCCAUUCUGUAAAGAAUUUAUAAAGGGCAUUCUUCCUAGAAUUCGUGACUUUUACUUUAAGCACCUCCUUGUUAGACUAACAGAUGAGUUCCAGGCAAGUCGUCUGAAAAUUUCCCCGGAAUACAAAUCCUUGUGCCGUUAA